AUGGUUGAUAAUGAAAAAAUUCCCAAUCAAUUAGUACUUUCUUUUGAUGGCAAAAAAUUAGAUAUUAUUACGGGUAUCCCUUACAAAAUUUCGAGUGACAAACUUUAUAUUGAUGAUUGGGGUGGCAAUCAUGGUUCAUCUCCUCGAACGACUGGUGAAAGCCAUCCUCCAGAGCAUGAAAAUUAUUUCAGACAGAUAUUUGUUAUCAGGGGAACUUCAUGUACAAGAAGAUACAAAAUAUUUAUCAAUGGAAAUUAUAUGGAUAGUUGGGGAGGAAAUGUCAAUGAUACGAAACUCUACCUGAGUUCAACUGAUAAUCCUCCAGAGCAUCCCUGUUAUUCUCGACAAAUAUGGUCAUUUUACUCUGCAACUGAUUCUAAAUCUAAAGAAUAUCAAAUACAGAAUGAACAGAAUAAUCAUUUUUUAGAUACCCUUGGUAAUGGUGGAGGUUUCCGGAUCGGUUUCUGGUCUACUUGUAAAAAACCGACAGAUGAACAUUAUUCAAGACAAUUAUGGAAAUUUACUCCAGCUUUUAAUUAUAAGUUGAAUGUUGCAGUUGGCGGCUUCAAGUAUAAACUUCCUUCAGACAUAAAAAGACAGCAGAUAAGAAAAACUCUUCAUGAGGAUAUUCUGAAUAAUUUGGAUUCGUCAGCAGAACUCAUCCCAACUUUUAAUUUCACAGAAGAAUUAACUAAUACAUAUAGCUUUAGUUUUAACAAAUCUCUGGAGUUUAUACCGGAAACAAAAUUAACUACUGUUAUUCCCUUUACCGAUAUUGAAAAAGAAUUUAAUUUUAAAUAUAGUUUUGAAGCUAAUGAACCGAUUACAACUAAGAAGAAAGAAUCAUAUACAAUAGCUAAAAAAGUCAAAGUACCACCCAAUUCUUGUAUAAAAGCUAUUGAUUACAUUGAUUUCGUGGAAAAUAUUGAAAUUCCUUAUGAAGCUACGGCCGAAAUAACAGCCAUAGGCGAUCGUUACAAAAAAGAUGGUACAAUAAUUAAGAAUGCUAAAGUUGAUUCAGAUGCUGUAAAAUUAUUUUUAAGAGAAAAUAAUUUCCAAGGCGAAAUACUUAGAUCUGAAAAGAAUUUCGUUUUAGUCAAAGUACAAGGCACAUUCCGUGGGUCAUAUGUCUUAAGGACUUAUAGAAAAUUAGAAGACAUGAAUGUCGAAAGUAGCAGUCAUGGUUCAUCUCCUUGUGAAAACCAUCCUCCAGAGCAUGAACAUUAUUUCAGACAAGCAUUUGUUAUCAGGGGAACUUCAUGUACAGGAAGAUACAAAAUGUUUAUCAAUGGAAAUUAUAUGGAUAGUUGGGGAGGUGGCAAUUGUGCAAAACUCUUCCUGAGUUCAAAUGAUAAUCCUCCAGGGCAUCCCUAUGAACAUUAUUCAAGACAAUUAUGGAAGUUGACUCCGUCUUUUGAUUGCAAGUUGAAUGCUGUAGUUGACAACUUCAAUUUUGAAGCUAAUGAACCGAUUACAACUAAAAAGAAAGGAUCAUAUGUAAUAGCUAAAAAAGUCAAAGUACCACCAAAUUCUUGUAUAAAAUCUAUUGAUUACGUUGAUUUUGUGAAUAACGAAAUUCCUUUUGAAGCUACGGCUGAAAUAACAGCUAUAGGCGAUCGUUACAAAAAAGAUGGUACAAUUAUUAAGAAUGCUAAAGUUGAUUCAGAUGCUGCAAAAUUAUUUCUAAUAGAAAACAAUUUCCAAGGCAAAAUAAUUUAG